AUGGUAUUGGAAGCAACCAUGAUCAUUGUCGAUAAUAGCGAGCCGAGCAGAAACGGAGACUACACUGCUACACGAUGGCAAGCGCAGAUCGAUGCCGUGGGCGUUAUUCAUACGGCGAAGAUGCGAGCUAACCCGCAGUCUGCUGUCGGUCUCAUGAGCAUGGGUGGAAACGGGCCGGAGGUUCUCUCGACUUUUACGGACGACUUCGGCAAGAUCUUGUCUGGACUGCACCGAACCAAGAUCUACGGCAAAUCGCAUCUCGCAUCAAGUAUACAAGUCGCUGGUUUGGCCCUUAAGCACCGCUCGGAGAAAGCCCAAAGACAACGAAUCAUCGUCUUCUCAUGCGCACCCGUAACCGAGGACGAAAAAUCACUCAUAAAGCUGGCCAAGAGAAUGAAAAAGAACAACGUCUCCAUUGACAUUGUUGCAUUUGGAGACUUAGACUCGGAUACUACUAAAAAACUGGAAGCAUUUGUCGAAAACGUGAAGGGAGGCGAUGGCUCUCACCUAGCCAUAAUUCCACCUGGUCCCAAUUUACUAAGCGAAGAGUUACAAGUUACCCCAAUCUUGGGCGGUGAAGCUGGCGUCGGUGUUGGCGCCGCAGAGGAGGGUGGUGAAGGGUUUGGUUUUGAAGACGCUGCAGAGAACGAUCCCGAACUCGCCUUUGCUCUACGACUAUCGCUCGAGGAGGAAAAGAACAGGCAAGAGAAAGAAAACCGCGAACGCGAGGAGAGGGAGGGCAAAGCUUCAUUGGAGAAUAUCCCCGAAGAAAGCAAAGACGGCGGGGAAUCAUCCAAGGACAAUGACCAGAGCGGCGAUAAGAUGGACACUGCGUAG